AUGAAGUUACAGAUGAGUGUUUUGAUGUGUACAUCUUUUUUUUACAGGUUCUCUAAAGUCCUGCCAUUGACUGCAUUGUCGUUGUUGCCACACGAGCAGGACAAUAUGAAUCCACUCAGUUCAGAGAAGGAAACGUUGAUUGAUGAAAUUGAACAGAGUUUAUUCACUUUAACCGUGGACAAUUUACGCUACCUGUGUGAACGUCAUGGCAAAGAUGGAUCUGAAAUUAAAGGGAUGAAUCAUCGCUUAUUAAGGCGUAAAGUCAUGGAGGAAAUGUGGGACAAUACGGAUUCAAUCAAAUCAGAGGAGCAGGGAAUGUCUUGGUUACUCCAUCUGAAAGAGGACAUCAGAAGGAUGCUGGAGGAUGCUAGUGGGGCACAAAUUAGUCCCAGCAAGUCCGAUGAUGAUGAUGCUAUCGACUAUGACGAAGAAUGCGACAAGGAGGACAUCGAUUGGUUGCCUAGCAAUGGACUGAAGGCGGAACACUUGAGUUCCAGCCAAUCCGAUGACGACGCUGCAGACUGCGACAAAGACUGGGACGUGGAGGACAAGGAUUGGUUGGCUAGCGAUGGGCUGGAGGCAGAGUCAGAUCCAGAGAGGCACACUCCAGAGCAGAGAGUAAGAGAGGAUUUCCAGGACAAGCCUCCCCCACCCCUCUCCCCUCGCCCAGAGUCUCCAGGUCAUGCCUUUCCCAGUAGUAUCUUACUGCAGAGUCAGAAGAGGGUGUCCGUGCGGCUGGUCGACUGCAGGAAGACACCGGGGCAGAGUAGCCAUAUAAUACACAAGACAACACAGACGGGAGAGAAACCCCACAGCUGGUCUAAUGCUGAACAACACAAAACCCUCUCAGGAGACAGGCCUGGCUCCCAUAUCUGUGAUCACUGUGGGAAGAAUUUUACCACAGCAAGAAGUCUACAACUACACCUACAGAACCUGAAGAGAUUCAGUGAUACCGUCACUGCAGAGAAACCACACGUGUGCUCUGAAUGCGGAAAGGGAUUCUCUCAGGCCUACAGUCUUAAGAUACAUUGGAGAACUCACACUGGGGAGAAACCGUACGUUUGUUAUCAGUGUGGGAAGGGUUUCACUGAAUCUGGAACCUUAAAGAGACACAUCAGAACUCACACGGGAGAGAAACCUUUCCACUGCCCUCGUUGUGGGAAGGACUUUAUUGAAUCUGGAGGCUUGAAGAAACACAUCAAAAGAGCUCACCCAGGAGAGGAGGUCAUUGUCCCUCAGAAGAGCGUCCAUACAGGAGAGAAACCUUACCAUUUCUCCUCUGACGACUGUGGGAUGAGCUUUGCUACCUCACGCGAACAGAGACUACAACAGAGAAAACACACAAGAGAGCUUCGCAGCACGCCUAACGCUAAGCAACGCAAGGAACCUCUCUCAGGAGAUGGCUCCCAUAUCUGUGAUCACUGUGGGAAGAAUUUUACCACAGCAAGAAGUCUAAAACUACACCUACAGUACCUGAAGAGAUACAGAGAUAACUUGACUGGAGAGAAACCACACGUGUGCUCUACAUGCGGAAAGGGAUUCAGUGAGGCUGGCAGUCUUAAGAGACACCUGAGAACUCACACUGGCGAGAAACCGUACGUCUGCCAUCAUUGUGGGAAGAACUACAAUGAUUCUGGAAACUUACAGAAACACAUCAGAACCCACACAGGUGAGAAACCUUACCACUGCUCGGAUUGUGGGAAGAAUUUCCGUGUAAAAAUAAGCCUUGUACAUCACCAGGAAAUUGUUCACACAGACCACCCUCACCGCUGUGGUCAAUGUAAGAAGAGUUUCAUAACUGCAGAAAGACUGGAAUCACACAUUAAGACACGACACCCGCCUAAUGAUCCUCUGAAGAACCCACAUGUGUGCUCUGAAUGUGGAAGGGGAUUCAGAUAUGCCGACAAUCUUAAAAUACACCUGAGAAUCCAUACCGGGGAGAAACCGUACGUCUGCCCUCGUUGCGGUAAGGAUUUUACCCAAUCAGGACUCUUACAGAGACACAUGAGAACUCACACGGGAGAGAAACCCUAUCACUGCUCAGUGUGCGGGAUGAAGUUUCGUCAUACAAUCUCGUUAAAGCAGCACCACCUGAAGAACCACAAGGGGGAGACACUGGGUCCAGUCCGUAUGCACCAAGGCCCUCUUCCAUGCCCCCACUGUGGGGAGAAGUUCUCUACCAAGGCUCUUCUGAAGGAUCACCUGCAGAAGACCCACAACAGCCGUGUCCACUGCCCACAGUGCGACAAGACCUUCUCCACUAAACGUAAUUUACUAGUCCACCAGAGGAAGCACACUGGAGAGAGGCCUUACCUUUGCCCUCAGUGUGGGAAGAGUUUCUCUCUGACAGGGAGUUUAAAACUUCAUCUCCGGAUUCAUGCGGGUGAGAAACCUUACUGCUGUACUUACUGUGACAAGAGCUUCACAAGUAAGAGCCACUGCACUCUUCACCUGCGAAUCCACACUGGAGAGAAACCGUACCAAUGCCCUGACUGCGGGAGGAGGUUUCGUGACGGGAAUGUCCUGAAAAACCACCGGCGGACCCACACAGGAGAGAAACCGUUCCAAUGCCGCUUGUGUGAUAAAGCCUUCGCCCAGUUGAGCAGUCUGAAGAAACAUCAGGAGACACACAGGCAAACUCAGCCUGUCUCUGUCCCAAGACUCCCUAAUCCCUACCUACCACCAAAUCAGCAUGUCCCUUAUCCCUACCCACAUCACACUCCAUUGUAACCUGGUUUACACCUGUCCAAUCCAU